GUUGGGAUCUUGGCUGGCAUUUCCAUAAACAAGUUUCCUCCAUGGAAAGUCCUCUUAAUUGGCGCAAUAUCUUGCUUCUCGGGGUAUGGGGUCAUUUGGCUUGCCAUUACUCAAAGAGUUGGGAACAUGCCUUAUACUCUGGUAUAAUUGAACCUCUAUCUCAAGUCUGUAAAUUUUUGUGGUCCAUUUCUGCUAUUUACAGUUAUAGACUGUUCUCUGCUAAUUGAUCCAAUGAGUUUUAUGGUCUAUUUGUUUAACUAAAUUAAAAUGUUAAUAGGAUUAAAUACUAAAAGGGUUUUUCUCUCCAUAGUACUUUCUUCUCCCUUUGAUAUUACUUGCUAACUCUUUCUUAAACUCAUUGCAAUUCUUUACCAUAAUCUGCAUGCAUGUUGCUUUGAUGAUCUAUGAUGCUCGUUUCAAAAUUUCGAACAUAUUUAUUACUUUUGGUUCCUUCUGACUCAUGCUAGAAUUAUUUAUCACAAAAUGACUGUUGAGAUUAUUUUGACUCUUUUCAGCUAUAUGAAGUCAUAAUCCUUGGUAGAUGCAGCUCAGUAAAGUAAUGUGUAGUGUGCUUAUGAUUAUUUACUCUGUCCAUCUUGAUUCUGUGUUAAUAUAAUGUUAGCAACAGUUUAACUCUCAAACACGAGUUUCAAGAACUAAUCUACUCAAAUAUAAACAUGUAAUUAGAGUAUUAUACCUUAAUGAAUUAGUCAACUGGACAUGUAAACCAGAGAGUUAUAAGUUGAUGUCAUUGUUUAGAUUUAUGAAGCUAGUUCUGGACUGUUACUGCAGGUGUAUAUGGCCACCUCUGGAGUCUGUUUUUGAAACGUUCAUGAUUCAUGUAUAGAACUUGUUUUAACAUUUUAGCCCAUUUAACACGUAUUCUCAAAAAGAUAGAGAAAUGUUUACUCAAAAAAAAAAAAAAUAGAGAAAUGGGGGCCAAAAUUGAGAAGGAAAGUUCUAAAAACUUCUUGUUUGAGAAGUCGUUUAGCCAAUAGCUUUGUCUAUUGGCUUAUUCAUAUGGUCAACAACCCAAGAUAUGUUUGAUAAUGGCUUUUCACCAGCAAAAAUAAAAUAUCUGUCUCGGGCAGCUUAUUAGCUUUUCAGCCCAUAGUAACAAAGCUGAUUAUUUUACAUGCUCCUGCUUUUUUUUUUCCCCUUUUAACGUUCUUUGAUGUAUUUUUGUUCUUCCUACUCGUAUGUUUUUCUUCACAAAUCCACUCAUGACUCCGAUGACCUUAACAUUAACCCUCCAGUGGGAACAACCAAAAAGGGCCGGAGGGAGUGUGAACUAGACUAAAAAUGAUACACAUCAUAGCUCAUGCUAGCAGCUGAAUCAGCUGAUACAAAACAGUUGAUUCUACUUGCUGAUCAAACAAGUCAAACGAACCAGCUAACUAGCUUUCCAUUCUAUCUGUUUCUGAGGCUAAGGGUCUUGCAGCAACCAUCUCACAACUCGAAAUGCAAGCUUACGGCUGCAAAUUUGUGGGUUGCACUGCUUAUUGGGGCCAACAGCUGUGCAUGGUUCCAAACGGCUGUUGUGGUCACCAACAUGAAGAACUUCCCUCUUAGUAGGGGAACUGUAUCUGGAAUUCUGAAGGGUUAUGUUGGUCUUAGUGCUGCUAUGUAUACAGUCAUAUAUGGCGCUAUUCUUAACAAGUCUGAUUCUGCUUUUCUGCUUUUCCUAGCUCUUGGCCUUCCUGUCAUAUGUUUUUGUGUCAUGUACUUUAUUAGACCUUGUACGCCAGCUUCUGGAGAAGAUUCCUCAGAGCACGGACAUUUCCUCUUUACUAAAGGGGCCUGCAUUCUUCUUGCUAUCUAUCUCCUUGCAGUUACAAUUAUAAAUGAUAAGUUUUCCCUAGCGAAACCUAUUUCCUACACUUUCUUUGGCAUAAUGGUCCUGUUCUUGUUGGCCCCUUUUGCAAUUCCUAUCAAGAUGACUUUUUUCCCUGCCAGUAAGAAACCCGUCAAUUCAUCUGAGAAAUUACCAUUUAUCGAAGGAGCAUCAAGUAUCAAAGAACCCUUGCUGGAGGCAUCUCCAACAACAGCAAGGUCAGUACCAGUAACAACAACAGCAGACUGUGUGGCCUCCUUGGCUGGCGAUGUUUUGAAAGAAUCUCCAUCGGAACCAUCAACAAGAAUUGACAUGGAUGAAGAAAUUGCUUCAGAAUUUGAUAACCUUCGAGCUUCGGAUGAAGGGUUAUCAGAUCCAAGGAGGGUCGAAAAGGAAGAAUCAUUCUUGGCGUCAACUGUUUUAGAGAGUGAAGAUGAUACUGAAAGCAAAUAUCACAUGAGAGAACAUCCAUUAGCAUCAUUUGUUGAGAGCUUUGUAGGGGGUGAUAAUGAAGCUUCUCGUAUGAAUAUACUCUUGGCACUCGGAUUUGGGGCAAGGGGACUGCGUAGGGGAGAGGAAUUUAAAUUUCAUGAAGCAGUAUUCAAGGCUGAUUUCUGGCUUCUUUGGCUGGUGUAUUUUAUAGGUGUGGGUACUGGAGUAACUGUUCUCAACAAUUUGGCACAAAUAGGUUUUGCCCAAGGGGAGUACGAUACUAGUGUCUUGCUUGCUUUGUUUGCCUUCUUCAACUUUGUGGGCCGCCUAGGUGGUGGUGUUUUUUCCGAGCACUUGGUCAGGUCCAAAAACAUUCCACGGACAAUAUUGAUGAGCAUGGCUCAAGCUGUUAUGGUGGUAACUUUCCUGCUUUAUAGAUCAUCUCUGGGUGCAACUCUGUAUGCAGCUACUGUACUGCUUGGGAUCUGCUAUGGCGUACAUUCAGCUGUAAUGACUCCAGUUGCCUCUGAGCUUUUCGGGCUAAAACAUGUGGGUGUCAUUUACAAUUUUAUACAGCUUGGAAAUCCUCUUGGUGCAGCCCUCUUCUCAGUGCUACUUGCAGGUAAUAUAUAUGAUGCUGAAGCAGCAAAACAAGGAGUCUCUACGUGCAUGGGCGCCUCGUGUUUUGGACUAACAUACCUUGUUCUUGCCGGAGUUUGUGGUUUAGGAGUCAUAUUAGGCCUAAUUCUUACUAUCAGAAUUAGACCUGUCUAUCAAAGGCUUUAUGGUAGUGGAUCUUUCUACAUUCUUCAGUCAUCUGCUACUUGACGUGAGCCCAAAGGUUUAACCGGCUUCAUCAACCUUAACUUGCUAAUCAUUUCUGCCGUCUUUUCAAAAUCUUGUUUAUGUGUUCUAUGUCUGUGUUCUAGUGGAUUCAUAUAGUCUUCCACACUUGUUACGAUCUUUUCUUAGAACAUGAUCAUACCUCAUGAUCAAGUGACUUGGGUGUCUAAUACUACUGUUAAAAUUCUGCGAUACGUUCGGGUGUUUCUGUAAGUAGGUUAAUCCAAGGCUAAUUCCUCUCCACAUGAGCAAAAAUGAGCAGUUUACUUGAAAACUAAUUGCAGUCUUGAGCAUACUA